CAAAGAUUAAAGAAUUGAGCUUCCUGUACUUUGCUCUCGACCGUCCUUUGAUAGAAAUUCUCUCAGUAGGUCUGGUUGUUACAAGGUACUAACUGAAUUCUCAAACGCAUUGCAUGUAUGUAUGGUUAUUUUUUAAUAUAAAUAUUCAUUUAUUGACUUUUAUAAUACGCUGAGCAAAGCAGCGGAAAUCAGUUGAGGUACGUCGGGAUGUGAAAUGGCCGUGCUUGGAUUGUAUACGUCAAUUCUUCAUUUAAAUUUGCGUAAUGCGGUGACUGAAAUCUGAAGAUAGUGCUCAAAUAUUAUCCUUGACCCUGACUAUACUAUAGCUUCUAUAUUUUUCUUGUGUUACCAGUGGUAUUGUGUUUCUUGUUUUUAUUUGACAGACAAUAGUAAGUAGUUUACGAUUAAUAUGUAUGACUGAUGUAGUCCUUACUCCCAAAUACUCUGGUACGGCGGAGGGGCUGCUCUCCCUCUCAAAGUGCUCUCACAUGGCCACGCGUAUACAACCACUGCCUGCUCGUGGUGGGGGUGUUGUUUACGAAUUUGAGAGGACGAAAAGCGAAUGUCCGGCGCUUUAACCCGGUUGAUGGAUAUGGAGGAUCCAACUAGGAGAGUUGGAAAACCCUGAUUCCAAACCAAUGGUGCAUAUGGGCUCCAGAAUCCUGAGGAAACAAAUGGCAUAUGAACCUAUUGUUAGUCACCGGCUACCAUGGAACUGCAUCUCCUGACGUUGCUCCACUGCACUGUGGAUUAGACCUUCAGGUCAAAGGCUCCGGGUGUGGUCCGCCAAGAAAAUCAGCUGCUUCGGUUUGGGCAAUCAGGCAGUAUCACAGCUCUCACACAAAUCAAUUAUAACUGCUCCUGGCCUCAUUGUUAUCGUGUUGCGCAUAUGUAUUUGGUGCCCACUUGUACCAAUGACGUGUUCAAAUAAAUAAAUUCGGUGUUCAAAAUUUCGGUUUUCUUUGCCAGCUUUUUAUAAAAAAAUCAUCCUUUUAAUUUCUAUCUAGUGGGUUUAUGCCACCAGGAAUGAACGCAAUAAUCGGACCGACAGGGUGUGGAAAGUCUACGCUCCUAGAUGUGCUGGCUGGACGUAAAAAUCCUUCACAACUUACUGGAUAUGUUUUGUUGAAUGGCAAACUUUUACCAAGCAGUGUUCGACGACGACUUUGUGGAUAUGUUGUUCAGGAAAAUAUAGUCAUGGAAACACUUACAAUCCGAGAGAACAUUACUUUUUCUGCUACACUACGAUUACCUCGUUGUACUGCUGCGCGUGAAAGAGAAGAAAAAGUGUCCAGUGUCAUUGAAGAACUUGGUCUUACCUCUGUUGCUGAUCGGAUAAUUGGAACUCAAUCAACCUGUGGUGUUUCUGGGGGUGAACGUAAACGUACAUGUAUCGGUAUUGAAUUAGUGAAUGAUCCUUUAGUUCUCUAUCUGGAUGAACCUACAACAGGUUUAGAUUCGUACACUGCUGGGACAGUAAUUCAAACACUUAGACGAUUAGCAGACUCUGGUCGGACAAUUGUUUUUUCAAUCCAUCAACCAAAAUAUUCAAUUUAUCGUCGAUUUGAUCGACUUACUAUAAUUUCCAAUGGACAAAUGAUUUACCAUGGACCUGGUGGUCAAAAGCCAAUUCUUCAUUUUGAAAAUUGUGGUUAUUUCAUUGAAGGUCAUAAUAAUCCAGCAGAUUUCUUCAUGGAUAUUUUGCAUGGAGAAUUUGAUAUUGAUGCAACAGUUGUACAACAAGAGAAUAUUCCAGGUACAAGUGAAAAAGAUGUUUGUAAAACUAUCCGUGAAACGGUUUGUCGUAGGCUUAUUGCGUGCUGGCUAGAGUCUACACUGUGGAGAGAAUGCAAAGUAUUUCUUGCAGAAUGUAGUAAGAAUUUUUAUCAGAAUAGAUUAGGUCAAUUGAAGCAGGAAAAACUAUGUAACAUUCAAAAAUACAAUUCAGCGACGACAAGAAAAACAACAACGGCGAUCACUAAACAUAUUCAGCGCAGACAAGACAAACAGCUUGAUUGCGAAUUUGUACAACCAGGCAAUUAUUUAUCAACAAUAAAUAAGGAAAUUGAAAAAUUUGAUGAAUUAUGGGCGUUGAGUCGUUCUCUUUGUACUUCUGAUACGAAUCAGGAAGAUGAUGAUGACAAUAAUAUUCACUAUCAGAAUGUUGAUUUUCAACAGGAUAAUUUGUAUUCUGCACCAAUGAAUAAUAAUAAUUUCUUUUGUUAUGAUACAACUAUAAAAAGUCCGAAAUUAGUUAACUGUUUUUCUUGUAAAUGCAAAAAACAGUCAUCCAAUUAUCAACAAUGCUCAACUACAUUCUGUUACCAAUUGUUUACACUUAAUUGGCGAUCAUAUUUAAGUAUGAAAAGAUCAGGCAAAACAAUACUGGCACAUUUUGUCAUACAACUUGUAAUAGCCUUAUUUUUGGGCAUUAUCUAUUUAAACAUGAACAAAUGGAGCGGAUCUGGAAUUCAAAAUCGUGUGGGCUUAUUUUUUAUCACUUGUUUACAUUUAUUAUUUAUUAGCGGGACAUUAUUAGAAGUGUUUUUAAAAGAUCGUUUGAUAUUUAUACAUGAGACAUCAACUGGAUUUUAUCGUAUUUCAGCAUAUUUUCUUUCUAAAAUUUUAUCGGAUGUUUUACCAAUAAAAGUGAUACCAGCUUUUUUGUGUUUAUCUAUAACAUAUUAUUUAACUGGUCUUCGCUAUGAAUUAUAUCCAUUUUUAUUAUGGCAACUCACUAUUGGAUUGCUAACAUUUUGUGCAUCAGCGAUUACAUUUGCUGUCAGUGCAAUGGUAAAUGAUCGACGAAUCGGAUCAAUAUUAUUAUCUAUGUUUUUUGUUCUAAUGAUGGUAACGAGUGGUUAUUUAGUAAACAUAUCAACUUUAUGGAAAUGGCUUCAAUUAUUUCGUUAUAUUUCAAUACUACGUUAUGCUAUAAACAUAUUAACAAUAAAUGAAUUAUUUGAUAUGACAUUUUGUCCUGAAACAACAUUACCUUAUUCAAAAUUAUCGUCUGUAGAUUUUAAUCGCAUUAAUGCAAGUGAUUCGCCUUAUUCAAAUGCAACAUCAUUAUUGAUAAAUGAAUGGAAAAACACUGAGUACUUUCAAACUGGAAUUGGAAAAAUUCAAAAUUUAGAAUCUAUAUGCAUUAGCGGUGUACAGUAUUUAGAAUCGCAAGCAAUUGAAUAUCGAUCAAAAUGGGCAGUUUGGCUAAAUGAAUUGGGUAUACUUGUGAUUGCAAUUUUAGCCUUGUGUGUAGCUUAUAUUCAUUUAAGACUAAUUAAACGAUAUAGAUAGAAGACAAUAGAAUCAAUCAAUAUAAUAUUUAUAUAUAUUUAGUAUUAGAAUAAUUUAUACUAAUUAUUUUUCUAAAAACAUUUUCUUUAAUAUGUAACUAAUCCCCUUCGUAAAAUUAAAACUGUCUUUCAUAUAACCAUUUUGUUUUUUCUUCGAUUAACAUAUAUAUACUUUAAAAGCCAUUAAUUGGUCUGUGCUAAUCCAGUUGUUUAUUACUAGUAGCAUUCAGGAACAUGAGCAUAAUGUUUAUUUUAAUUGUUGAAAAAUGACCAAUAAUAAUGCAUGUAUUUUUUUAUCGGUUUCAGUUUUUGUUUUUCUAUUUUCUACUUUACUAUAUUGUUUACUUUUUUUCUCGUUUCCUGUACAUAAUAUGUUUAUUUUUAUAAUAGUGCUGAAUUUUAUUUUUUUUUCUAUAUUCAAUAAUUACUUUUUUGUACAAUGAACAUUUAUAUAUGAGAAAUCUAGACAUUAU